UUAUAGAAUUAUUUUUAGUAAUAAUUACUACUAUUAUUAUGAUUAUAAUUAUUAUUGUUGUUAUUAUAAAUAAUAAUAAUAAUUAUUAUUAUUAAUAAAAAUUGUGUAAAGGUUGUGAUAGAAAUAAAAUGAUAAAAAUAGUAAUAUUGUAAAUAAGAUCUUAUAAUAUAUUGCAUAAUACUGAAUUACAAAGUAAUAAUAUAAUAGUAAUAAUAUAUUUUAUAAAAGAUUAGAUCUUGUAAAUAUCAGAAAAAAUAAGUUCAGAUUAUAUCAGAUCAGAAAAAAUAAGUUCAGAUCAGAUCAGAUCAGAUAAGUUCAGAUCAGAAAAUUUCAGGUGAACCAAACAUAGCCUUAAAACAUUAAAAAAAAAAAAAACCUUAAUUGUAAGCCAAAUAAAUUACCCCAAAACAUUUCUAUUGCACAAACCUAAUCUAUAUCUCCUACUUGAAAACGACGACAAAUCAUAUGGUGGUCCAAUAGUCAUAUGUAAUGUGUAUGUAUCCCUUUAUAGCACGUCUCUUUCGUCCUACCUUCUUCUUCAUUAGAUUAGCUUCCUUAUAAAUAUAGAAGUCCUUGUAUGGCGGUUGUCCAAAUCAACCAAACACAGCCACUAAGGAAGACCGCAAAUACCCAAAAAAGCUCACACACACCAUGUCACAUAUCGCAGUUGAGAGGAACAGGAGAAAGCAGAUGAAUGAUAAUCUCAAGGUUUUACGUUCUUUGACGCCUUCUUUUUACAUCAAGAAGGGGGAUCAAGCAUCCAUUAUAGGUGGAGUAGUAGAGUUUAUUAAGGAGCUGCACCAAGUUCUUCAAUCCUUGGAGUCACAGAAAAGGAGGAAAAGUCUGAGCCCUAGCCCAGGUUCAGGUCCAAGCCCGAAGCAACUACAACCUAGCCCACGUCAACUAGCAAAUGCCAAUAUCAUCACUAACCAUUCCUUUCAAUUUGAUGGUGGCAAGGAGUUGGUAGCCUCCUGCAACUCUCCGGUUGCAGACGUCGAAGCGAAGAUCUCAGGAUCUAAUGUUGUGUUGAGGGUAAUAUCGAAGAAAAUUCGUGGCCAAUUGCUGCGAAUAAUAAGUGUACUAGAGAAGCUUUCAUUCGAUAUUAUUCACCUGAAUAUUAGCAGCAUGGAUGACACUUUUCUCUACUACUUUGUGGUCAAGAUAGGGCUAGAAUGUGAGCUGAGUAUGGAGGAACUAGCAGCUGAAGUUCAGAGAAGCUUUUGUACCAUUAACACUAUCAGUAAUAUUACUGAGAAAUAGGGCAUAAAUGUAGCAGAAAAUUAGUGGACAUUUGCUUUGCUUUCUUUGUCCUUUUCUUUUACUCUCUCCAUAUGGAAUAGUUAUAGUAUUCCUUUUUCCUUUUUUCAGUUAUCUUGAGGUAUAGUUGUUUUUUUAUAGGACAUUAAGAUACUUUUCAUUUUUCAACUUUGCACCUAAUCAAUAUUUGUUUUCUUUUUUCUUUUUGACAUACCCAAUAUGGAAUAAUAAGUAACUUUUUUCACGUUUC